AUGGGGAGGCUCUCCAGAGGUGACUUUCUCCUUUCCCCGCAACAUUUAGAGACCCAAGGCGCUGACCAGCCUACCAACAGCCCCCCCUUCACCGUGCGGCUUACCCGCUUUGUCGAGAGCGUUUACUUCUUCUUGGGGCUGUACUUCACUACCCUCUUAUCGCUCGACUCAUACGCCGCCGCCGAGAGCUCCUCUUUCAACAUCAACAACCAGAGAAACAAGUAUACUACUCGCCCUCGUUGGGGAGGCAGUACAUCCUCACCCCGUGGAGGUGGUGGUGGUGGAGGAGGAGGUGGCGGCGGUGGUCCGGGAUUUGGUCCGCGGCGCGUGGGACGUGUGGAUGAUGUUCGCGCGCCGGAGUGUGGGAGCUGUAAAUAA